AUGUCUAGUCAUAUCACCAACCGCGCAGACUCGGCGACAUACGCCUCCCAUACCGUCGACGGGUUGAAGGCUCUACAGUUAUGGUAUAACCGCCAGACAGGUCUGUGGGACACUACCGGGUGGUGGAAUAGCGCCAAUUGCUUGACUAUGCUGGCCGAUUUUGCGCUCGUGGACCCCGAAGCCUCCGAGGCUCUGAAUAUCCCCGAGAUCAUACAGAACACCUACGUCAGGGCGCAGGAGACGCCAGUGCAGGCGACAAAGAUACUAUCAGCGGCGGGGCUUCCCUUCUCUACAUACACCCGAUCGCAGAAAGGCUCGGGGGUUAUCAAAAGGGGUUUCGACAACUUCCUUAACGACUACUACGACGACGAAGGCUGGUGGGCGCUGGCCUUGAUCCACAGUCACGACCUGGGUGUCCGGGGUCUCGGGGACCAGCAGUAUCUCCAAGAGGCUGUCGACAUUUUCGAAGACAUGAAGAAAGGCAAUUCGACCUGCGGAGGUAUUUACUGGAGCAAGGUGACUCCGUACACCAACGCCAUCGCGAACGAGCUCUACCUCGCCGUCGCGGCGUCUCUCGCGAACCGGAUACCGUCGAGGAAGGACUAUUUCCUCGAUAUUGCCAAAACUCAGUGGAACUGGUUCAAGAACAGCGGAAUGAUAAACAAGGACAACCUAAUCAACGAUGGGCUCACGGACGCCUGCAAAAACAACGGCAUGCAAACGUGGACCUACAACCAGGGAGUCAUCCUCGGCGCACUAGUGGAGCUUUCUACGGCUACGGGCGACCGCUCCUUACUCGACGUGGCCAAGACCAUCGCUUCGGCCGCCAUCACCAGGCUGUCUAGGGAUGGCAUCUUGUACGAAGGUUGCGAACCGAACUGCGGAAGCGAUGGCGCGCAAUUCAAGGGAAUCUUUAUGCGCAACCUGCACUACCUGCAGAAGGCAGCUCCCAUGGACGCCGUCAAGAACUUCAUCCUCACAAAUGCUGACACAAUAUGGGCUAAGAACCGCAACGAGCGGAACCAACUGGGCGUCACCUGGCCAGGUCCCUUCUCGCCUGCUAAUGCGGGCACGCAAAGUUCGGCCCUCGACACGCUAGUUGCUGCGGCGGCAGUAGCUUGA